GACGGCUCCGCUGCACUCGACUUACAUUCUUUAACCCAGUUUAUCAUACUAUACCGAGCCGCAGGACGCAGUAAAAUCAUUCGUAAACCGCCAUCAUGCCGAACAAGUUGAUGCUGGCCUUCCUUGGAUUCGACUUCCUCUUCGCUGGAUGUGGAGGACUACUGUUGGGCUUUUCGUUGAUGUCGGAGGCAGCAAUGCGGGAAACACAGACCGUAGACAACGUCACCCAAAACCUACUGCUCGGCCAGUGCCCGUUGACAGCCGGUGUUGUCAAUGCCAUCUUCGUCUUCGCCACAUUCCUGCUCUCACUACCAGCACUCUUUCUUCCCACAAAUCGAGGCUGGCUCCGCGCCCAAGGAUGGCUCGUGGUCAUCUGCGCAACCUUCACACUUAGCUUGGGUGUUGCCAUCUGGGUGGAAACGCUGCAGACACGCCAGAACUUGAGCGUACUUUGGGGACGUGAGACACCGCAGAUCCAGUCUCUAUUGCAGCAGAAGUUCGACUGUUGUGGAUAUGUCAACGCUACUACACCUCCUUUUGUCCAGGACUCCACUUGCACCAACGCUCUCGUUGCAGCUCAGAAGGGUGGAUGCAUUGGGCCCUUUUCUUCAUUCACCAACAGAUACCUCGACCAAAUCUUCACCGCCGCCUUUGGUAUCGUCGGUAUCGACUUCAUUCUGGUCCUCUGCGUCGCCAUGGUUCUCAAGUACAGGAUGGAGCAGGAGCGCUACAGGCACAUCGAUGAGAAGAACGGCGUUGGAGGCUUGUAGAGACCGUAAGAGGGGGCACUGGGUACAGUAAAGAAGAAUGGUAGUAAGUGGAGGUGAGGUUUGUGGGUUUUGGAGGAGAUGGGACGAAAGGCUGAUCGACAUAUACCCAAUUCUGAACGUCUCUUUCUUUCCCUCAUGUUUUGGUAUGGGGUGAUGCAGUAAUGACAGGACUCAGCGGUGCUGAUGAUCCACCUCUCUUUCAAUCUACAUUUCACAUGCAUAUAA